AUGAUUAUUUCCUCGAGAAUUUUAUCUUAUAAAUCAUGGAAAAAAUUAAAUUUUGUAAAAGUAUUAGGUAAUGAAUUUAAAGCUCUUUCAAUCAAGGCACAUAUGAAAGAAGAAAUAGUACAUGAUGACAAUAACUCUCAAAGGAAAACUAAUAAUAUUCCAAUUAAUAAUAAUGAUGAGUUAAAUAAGCCUUCAUCUUUUGCAAAUUAUAGAUUUAUUUACCCUGAAUUUUUACCAGAUCCUAAUCCAUCAUAUCGUAAUAAAAUGAGAGAAAAACUAGAACGCAUAGAUAUGAUGGCUAGAAGAUCAAUAUUAAAUAUUCCUGAAUUUUAUGUUGGUUCAAUAUUAGCAGUAACUUAUUCUGAACCACAUGCAACUGCAAAAGUGAAUAAAUUUGUUGGUAUUUGUAUAUUAAGAGAGGGAGCUGGAUUAAGAGCUUCAUUUCUUUUAAGAAAUGUUGUUAAUGGAGAAGGUAUAGAAGUAUGUUAUAAUUUAUAUGAUCCUGCUAUUCAGCAAAUCGAUUGUUUGAGGUUAGAAAAAAGAUUAGAUAAUGAAUUACUUUAUCUUAGAGAUGCACCAUUAGAAUAUAGUACAUUUCCUUUUGAUAUGGAAAUAGAAACAAAAGUGUCAGGGAGUGCUAUAUUAAAUGAAAUUAAAAUUCCUCUUAAUCGACCACCUUGGUCACAGAGAUGGGAACGUAAAGAUUUAAAAGGAGUUAAAGAUUUAAUUAUCAAGAAAAAACAUCAAAGAAAAUCAGAUGCAGCUGCUAAACCAUGGGAGAAAUAUGAUUUGAUGAAAACCUAUAGGGAGACUAUUCCAGAGGAGGAACAAGCUGAAAUAUUUUCAGAUAUACACACAGAACUUCAUGAGUUGGAAAUACAGAAAAAUAUAUUAAAACGCAAAUAUAUCUUACAAAGACAAAACAAACCACAUAAAAUCUUUUAAAAUUAUGAAUAAAAAUUUGUUUUCCAGUUACAUGUUACAAGUUACUUGUAUAUUAAAAAGUGAUGUGGUAUACAUAUUUUUCUUA